ACUCGACUUUCGUCAGUUUCGACAGUGACAGAAAAAAGAUCAGAAAAACCUUCAAUCAUUGGUCUGAUACUUGGAUUCAAAUCACCCAUCGUUGAUUCCAGUUUUAAGAUGAAUUAUUAAGAUGUCUAAAGCCACAAAGAGAAAACAUGUCACUAAGGAAGUCUUAGAUGAGUUUAUUCUGCCAACGGAGGAUCAACAAAUUGUCAGGGUGACUGCUGGCAGGGGAAAUAACUUGCAUGAAGUAGAGACUGCCCAAAAUGAGCGCUUCCUUGUCAGCAUGCCCACACGGUUUAGAAAAAAUGUCUGGAUCAAAAGAGGAGACUAUGUACUUAUUGAGCCUAUCCAGGAAGGUGAAAAGGUGAAGGCAGAAAUUGCGGCAAUACUUUACAAAGAGCAAAUCAAGUAUAUCCAGGAGGAGGGGAAAUGGCCAGCUGAAUUUGUGCUAAAGGAAAGCAAUGCAGAUGAGGGAAUUCCAGCUGACAUGCUGCCCCCUAGUGAUGAUGAAUAUGAUGAAGGGGAGAUAACUGUGGUAAAUGCCAACAGGAGACACAUUGCUGUGUAUGAAGAGAGUGAGGAGGACAGUUCUGAGGGUGAAGAGGAGAGAUAAGGAGUGAUUAUAUGUGACAAUUCAAAAAAAAAGUCAAGUGGCCCAGUGUAUGCUGGUUUCUGAUCAACUUUUAUUGCAUGAUUAAUAAAACUGUUACAUAUCACAAAAUACCAUUUGAAUCACAUUCCUCUUAUUGAACAAU